CCGCUGUGGAAAAACCUGCUUAUUUCAUCUUCAUAAAUAAGCGUCUCAGUACCAGUACUGCUCAACAUUAAUUUAAACUCUCUAACCAACUAGCUACACUUUCCGACUCAAACCUCAAAAAAUGGACAGAAACCUAGAAGUGGCGGUCAUAAAGGGCGAUGUUGCUGCCUUCCUCAAACUUGUGUCUCAAAACCCGAAUUCCGUACACCAAACAGUUUACAAAUCAUUAAACACCGUGCUUCAUCUAGCUGCGAGAUUCGGUCAUGUCGAAUUAGCAGCCGAAAUCGUGAAACUGCGCCCUGAACUGGUGGCUGCAGAGAAUAGAGACCUGGAGACGCCUUUGCAUGAGGCAUGCAAAGAGGGCCAUGUUAAGGUGAUGAAGUUGCUGCUAGAGUCUGAUCCGUUGGUUAUUUAUAAGCUCAAUAUCCGCCAAGAGAGUGUGCUUUUCGUGGCGUGUCAGAGAGGAAGAGUUCAAGUGGUGAAGGAAUUACUGGUGUUCUUUCCAAAUCUACUAAUGCUCGAGGUGGAUGCUUUGAGUAGUACUUCCCUUCAUGUGGCCGCUUCAGCUGGUCAUACAGAAAUUGUGAAGGAAAUAUUGAAAGCCAGGUCUGAUUUUGCAAGUAAGAAAACAGCAGACGGAUUGACACCUCUGCAUCUUGCAUGUAGCAAAGGUUAUCUAGAAAUAAUAAGGGAGUUUUUAAAUUUCGACAACGAUCUCUCCUUCUUACAAGACAAUCAAGGUAGAACUCCUCUUCAUUGGGCAGCAAUCAAAGGCCGACUUAACGUUAUAGACGAAAUUUUAUCAUCAAGCCUAGAAUCUUCCGAAUUGGUUACAUAUAACGGUGACACUGUUCUUCAUUUGGCGGUGAAAAAUAAUCAAUAUGAAGCUGUAAAAUAUAUGAUGGAUGCACUAAAUACCACAAAGUUGAUGAAUAUGCAGGAUAAUGAUGGAAAUACUAUAUUGCAUCUCGCAACUGCUGGAAAGCUCAGAGCUAUGGUCAGCUUUCUGUUAAAUCGUGGCGUUGAAGUGAAUGUCCUAAACCACAAUGGCUAUACAGCAUUGGAUCUGGUUGAAUCUGAAUCAAGUAAUUCUGGUGUACUUGUAAUCGUACCGAAAUUGCAAGAAGCCGGUGCCAAAAGAGGUGAACAAUUGCCCCCUAAGUCACAAGAAUUACUACAGAUACAUGAACCACCUCCGGGAACAUUCCCAGACAAUUCACCAUACACUCAGCCUUAUCACCAUAACCCUAAAGCUCAGCAUAGACAGAAGCACAAAAGGUCAAAACAACUAAAGCACCAAAAUGAAGGAUUGAGGAAUGCAAGAAACACCAUAACAAUUGUAGCAGUAUUAAUAGCCACUGUUACAUUCGCUGCUGGAGUGAACCCUCCUGGUGGAUUUGACCAAGAUUCUGGAAGGGCAAAAUUGGGCACCAAAAGACCCUUCAAAGUAUUUAUGGUGUGCAACAUAUUAGCUUUGUUCUUGUCAUUAGGCAUUGUCAAUGUGCUUGUUAGUGUAGUACCCUUUAGGCGAAAAUCAAUGACCACACUACUUACGAUGACACAUAAGGUCAUGUGGGUUUCCACAUUAUUCAUGGCGGCUUCUUAUAUUGCAGCUGUGUGGGCUAUUUUGCCACAAAAGAGGGGAACAAAUUGGGUGCUCGUGGAGCUAUUGAUAGUUGGCGGUGGUUUAACCUUGUUGAUUUUUCUUGGGUUAGGGAUUUUAUUUGCUCGGCAUUGGAUUCAGAAGAGGCAAUGGAGAAAGCAAAAGGGGAAGAAAAAUAAAGAUGGAAGCCCGCAUAGCAGUAGGACAAGCAAAAUUGCUGAUUUAAUGCACGUCAAGAAGAGCCGUGACUCUAGUAGUAACUCAGAUGUUGAUAGCUCGGAUCUGGGCUAUUAUCCUUUAUAAUUAAUUUUAAAUACUUGUUGAAUUUUGUAAAAAACACACACAUAUAUGCUUUAGUUACAUGUGUUAAAACUUAAAUGGGUUUGUCUAGUGUAUACCCACGGGUACAUGCUAAGCGCGGAAUUUAAUAUGUUUAGAAGAUUUUAAUUGA